ACCGAUUCUAUGCUGCGUGUUUUGACGCCAUUCGCCAUUAUGACCUGAAGUCGAAGAAGCAAUGGUCUCGCCGUCAUCGUGCGCUCCUUGAUACCCUGAUGAAAUUUCUAUGUGUCCCGGGUGCCGACUUCCGCUCGAGAAUUGAGGAAACAAAACGAUGUCGGUGCGAUCUCUCACUUCCGCUCGAGAAUCGGAUGCACCGCGUGAGCGUCGAUGUCUCAACGGAAUUGUGGGAUUUUAUCGCUACGAUGGUGGCAUCUGCCAUGAAGAUCUACAUUUCGACUCCCCCAUCGCUUCGCUCUCAAUUCCAUUCUGACAGUCAUCCGCCUUGGCCGUCGGCGACGUCGGAUUUCGUACCUUAUGGGCUCCAGGCUACUCUAGACUCUUUGGUCGAGUUGGUCCAUAACUGUGUCCCGUCGUCCUUUCAUAUACUGCACAACAUCGGAGUCGUCUUCGGUAGAUGUACAGUGAUGAAGAUGUUGGUGAAC